CUUGUGUAUGGACGACGCGAUUCUUUUGCCUCUCUAUUCCGCCUCCCACCCGUCCCUACUCCACUCACUUGGUCGUUAUUGGUGGGUCACUGAUAUUUCGUGUGUGUGUUUGUUUUUGGCGCGCGCCUUUUGGUACUGAUUUUCCUCUCACACAAAAACAAAACAAAAUUUCCUCUUUGCCGCAGGCAUCGGUUAAAUAACAAAAAAUUGUGCAUAACAAAAAUAAAAUAACGGGAAGCACGUGAAUUAAAUGCUUUGUUAAUGCACAACCUGAAGUUACAAGCGUGUACUUAAAUACAUAGAAGUAUAAACUAGCUAUAAGCUCGCUUUAAAGUUGUAAAUAUGUAUUUAACACAAGUGCUAAUUUAAAUUCAAUUUUAAAAGUUCUAUUAUAACGGAAGGUGCUAAUCAAAUUCUGUGCGGGUAUUGGCAACAAGUGAGACUACCUACAAUAUUCAUACACACACAUAUUUAUGUGAAUAACAACAAAUACAAGAGGCGCCUAUCAAAAAGUUGAAGGUGACAACGCGACGCGAUAGUAGCAGGAACAACAAAGAACAACGAGAGCAUUUGCACAUUUAGCAACAAUUAAAUGUUAAAUACAUUGCUUUCUGCAAGAAACCCAAACACCUCCUGAGGUCAGUGCGCAAGAGCGGCUGGAGACGACUGAAAGACUUACAUAAUCGACAACAAGGUCGACACAGACUAAAGCAGACUUUUGACGAAGCUGGUACUUCGUCGAUAGGCGGCCCAAGUCUAGCCACCGGUGCUGUACCCAAAAAGCGGCCGUUUUACACAAACACCCACCCAAAAGAAAAAAAUAAAAAUCCCACUACCCUAGAGGAGCUACGAGGCGAACAAUAUCAUCGUGAACUGCUUGAACAUCGCUUUACCGAUGUGGAAUAUCUUGAGUUGAAAGAGCCAAGAAUAUCACUAACAACAACAGCAACGGAAGAAACCUCAAUUAUGGCCAACGACUCAGAUAGCCAAGAAUCGCGGCCAUUGAACAACAAUAAUGGAAACGGCAGCGCACAAAUUAAGAUUCAGCCCAAGGUCCAGCCAAAAUACAGUGUCCAUCGAGAUGUUCUCAACCACGAGCUGGUUAUAAAGCAGACGGGCUAUGCAGCCCGGGACAAGAGCAUACCCUCCUCCCUGCGCAGCUGCUGGCAAAGCUGGUCCUUCUUUUCGCUCUUCACCGGCAUAAUACCCAUACUACAAUGGCUACCUCAAUAUUCCCUGCGUCGCGAUCUCAUUGGCGAUAUCAUUUCCGGAUUCACAGUGGCCAUCAUGAAUAUACCGCAUGGCAUGGCCUACGGAAUGCUUGCCGGCGUCUCAGCGGGCAAUGGCCUCUACAUGGCCGUGUUUCCAGUCCUAGUAUACAUGGUUCUGGGCACAUCCAAGCACAUUUCCAUAGGCACUUUUGCGGUGGCUAGCAUGAUGACCCUAAAAGUGGUGCAAACAUACGCCACAGUGGAUGGGACGACGGCGACAACAACACCCGCCACUCUCUUGGUGAAUGCUACCUCAACUUUUGCCACCCCAGUGGCAGGAGAUGCGAUAACUCCGGUCGAAGUGGUUACAGCGUUGGCUCUAACGGUUGGCAUUGUGCAUCUACUGAUGGCCCUAUUUCGACUGGGAACACUCGCCUCGCUACUUAGCGAUCCGCUUGUCAAUGGCUUCACCACCGCCGCUGCCUGCCACGUGGUAACGGCACAGCUGAAGGAUGUGCUGGGCAUCACUGUGCCGCGCUACAAGGGAGCCUUUAAGAUCAUUUACACCAUCAUCGAUGUGGUCAAGUCGGUGCCACAGACCAAUCUCAUCAACUUUGGCUUCUGUCUCUGCAUCUUGCUAUUCAUGACCAUCUGCAAUGAGUGUCUCAAGCCCUGUAUGCGUAAACGCUGUCGUUUUCCGUUACCCGCCGAGCUAAUAGCCGUCAUUGGUGGAACUCUGAUCUCGCGUAUUUUCAACAUGAAAGAGAACUACAAGGUGGAAAUGGUGGGCGUUAUACCCAAUUGGCUGCCAGUACCGGAGCUACCGCGUCUCGAAUUGGUGCCAGUGGUGGCUGUCGAUUCAAUUGCCAUUGCUAUAGUCACUUAUUCGAUUGUGAUGUCAAUGGCUCUGACUUUUGCGAAAAAGCACAAUUACGAGGUGCGUGCCAAUCAGGAGCUCUUUGCAAUGGGCAUUGGAAAUAUGGUGAGCAGCUGCUUUUCCUGCAUACCUAUGGCCUGUUCCUUGUCGCGUUCAGUUAUCCAGGAGCAGACGGGAGGUGUGUCGCAAAUAGCAUCGCUGGUAUCGGCCUCACUAAUAGUGGCUACUAUUAUGUGGAUUGGACCGUUCUUCAGUGAUUUGCCGAGGUGCGUGCUGGCUGGUGUUAUUAUUGUUGCCCUAAAGCCGAUGUUUAUACAGGCUAAGGAGUUGAAGAAGUUUUCCAAACAGGGCAAGCUUGAGAUGCUCACGUGGCUAACCACAUUUCUUUGUGUGGUGCUCAUCGAUAUUGACAUUGGUUUGCUUAUUGGCAUUGGCGUCUCACUGUUGACACUGUACAUUAAAGGUCUCAAGCCUUAUGCUACACUACUGGGAUACAUGCCGGAGGCGCCGGGUAUCUAUGUGGACAUCAAUCAGCAUCGUAACGCUAUGGGGGUGCCGGAAACACGCAUUUUCCGGUAUUGCGGAUCGCUCAACUUUGCCACCAGCAUGUUCUUUCGACGUGCGCUCAACGAGCACUUGGGCUUGGACAAGAAACCCACCAAAAACAGUGCCAAAUACACACCAGUAUUGCAAAAUGGCAAUAUGCGUGGUGCUGGUGAGAAGCGGGGCAAUGGCGAUCUUUCGGAUUCAUCAGACUUUCGCUUCCUUAUCUUGGACUUCUCGAUGUUGGGGCACAUCGAUGUGGCCGGAUGUCGCACACUGAGUGAAGUAAGCAAGGAGAUGAAGGCGCGUGGAGCUCGUCUGCUCCUGGCCAGUCCAGUGGAUCGUGUCUAUGACACGCUCGUGCACAGCAUGGCGCUCAGCGAGGGUCCGUUCGAGAUAUUUCCGACGUUGCACGAUACCGUGGAGUAUGCCAAUGCCAGUCGGACCGCAUGAGAAGAGGAUCGCCCGGAAGAGGGCACCUUGUGAUCUUUCACAGUGAUAGAUUGUGGAUCGUAACACCAAAACCUAUAGUUAUUAAGUUUUAUAGUUUGUUGCCGACUUGCAAUCAUGGCUUAUUGUAAGCUUCUAGCCCAAUACUUAGCCUAAGUUCGUUUUAAGUGCCUGCCCUGAGCUGUGGAACCCGUUGCCUAGAUUAUUGGUAAGGCCUCAAGCACGACUCUGUUUCGUUUACAAAAUGCCUGUACAAAAAUUUUGUAUAUGUAUGUAGUUAACAAGCGUUGUACUUAACAAGCAGCGGAAGAAUCGGAAGUGUGUUCUUCUAGUACCUAGUACCUGAGCACCGCCGAGAAAUUGAAACCGUGUAACUUAUUUUGUGCAAUUUGUACCAAAAUGAUGAACAAUUCAAUUAGAUGUUAAUGUUUGUACAUAAAAUGAAACUAAAAUCUAGUA